AUGGCCAUGAAAGGGAAGCCUCUGCGUCUGGCGCAGGCGCUGCUGAUUGUCGCUCCGGCGUUCAUUCUCUUCGGCUACAACCAAGCCGGCGUCGGCCCUCUGGCCACCCUGCAGAGCUGGGUGCACACAUUCCCGGAAAUCGACACCAUCAACACCUCAGGCGCGGUCAAGUCGCACAACUCCACCAGCAAAGGCGCCGUGAUCGCCUCGUUCCAGAUCGGUGCGCUGUUCGGAGCCCUCUCGUGCACCUACUUGGGCGACUGGCUGGGCCGCCGCAAGACCAUCUUCCUCGGCGGCAUCCUCACCGUCAUCGGACAGGUGUUGCAGAUCGCCGCGUUCCGGCAGGCUUUGGUCCAAUUCACCAUCGGACGCAUCAUCCUGGGCUUCGGGGUGGGCCAGCUGAGUGUUGCCGUGCCCGUGUGGCAGUCCGAGUGUUCGUCCGCCAAACACCGCGGCCAACAUGUCAUCGUCGACGGCAUCUGUAUCUGUCUGGGAUACGCCCUGUGCAACUGGAUCGAUUUCGGCCUGAGCAAGAUCCCCAACGACAGCUCCCUGCAGUGGCGCCUGCCGCUCGUCAUCUCGCUCUUCUUCUCGCUUGUGUUGCUCGUCUCCGUCUUCCUGCUGCCCGAGUCGCCGCGCUGGCUCGUCUGCGUCAGCCGCGUCGACGAUGCCACCGCCAGUCUGGCCGCCUACCGCGGCCUGCCCGCCGAGGACGAGCGCGUGCGCUCCGAAAUCGCCGGUAUCGAGACCUCGCUCGAGAUCACCGCCGGGUCGGCCGCCUCCGCGUCGCUGAAGGAGAUGUUUUCGUCGGACGACGACGAGCGCCUGCUCUACCGCUUCUGCCUGUGCAUUGCGUUGAACUUCUUCCAGCAGAUGUGCGGAGGAAACUUAAUCUCCGUCUAUGUCAGCAAUAUUUUCCAAGAUAACCUCAACAUGAGCUCGGACCUGGCCAAAAUCCUCGCCAGCUGCGCCAUGACUUGGAAGUUCCUGUGCAGCUUCAUCUCCUUCUUCGCCAUCGACCGGCUGGGCCGCCGCGUCGUGUUCAUGAUCAGCGGCACCGGCAUGGCGUGCUGCAUGCUCGCGCUGGCGGUCACCAACAGCUUCGGCAAGCAGCAGACGGCCUCCAUCGUGUCGGCGGUGUUCAUCUUCCUCUUCAACUCGUUCUACCCGAUCGGCUUCCUCGGCGGCAACUUCCUGUACUGCACGGAGGUGGCGCCGAUGCGGCUGCGCGUCGCCAUGUCCGCGGUGUCGACGGCCAACCACUGGCUGUGGAACUUUGUCGUCGUCAUGAUCACCCCCGUCGCCCUCGACACCAUCGGCUACCGCUACUACAUCGUGUACACGGUGAUCUCGGCGUGCAUCCCGAUCGUCGUCUUCUUCUUCUACCCCGAGACCAUGAACCGCAACCUCGAGGCGCUGAACCACGUCUUCCGCGACGCGCCGUCCGCCUGGCAGAUUGUGUCGAUGGCGCGCCAUCUGCCGCAGGGCGAGGCGGCCGAGGUGGACGUCUGGGUGCGCAGCGCCGAGAAGGGUGAGAUCGAGGAGAAAGAGAGCGUAUCAUGA